GAAGCAUGCAGCAGCAGGUGCCGCCGCUCUCUGCUGCCGCGGCACACUGGAAUUUCCAUUAUUUUUCCGCCAGUGUAGUUUAAUAAGAAGCUUUGAAUGAUAUUAUAUUGUGGUGGUGCUUCGUGGCGACGAGAAAAUAGCCUUUCUGUGUCCGAGAGUCACGCCGAGUCUCUUGAUUGUAGAUUGCUGUUUGUUUUGUCACGGAAGGACGACUGUGAGUGUGAUUGAGUGUUGGUGUUUUUUUAAAUCUAAAUUUGGAUCCAACAAAAUAACCUCAGUUUGCUGCACGUUGUAAGAAUUUAGAGACAGACUCUGGUGGACAUAGGCAGGCUGUUUUGUGAAGUGGGAUUCUGAGCUGAAGUUGGGCACCAUGUCAGGCAACAACGCAGCAAACGUUGACCCGGCCUUUGCCACCAUCCCACGCGCCUCGACCGGUUUAUACAUCUGGAGAAUUGAGAACUUAAAAGUUGUUCCUCUUCCGCGUGAUCAAUAUGGGCACUUUUAUGAAGGCGACUCCUACAUUGUUUAUGCUGCCUCUGAAUAUGGCAAGCCGGCUACAGUGGAUAUGAAGCCGUCCCCUGUAAAAGGAUCUCCUGAGAUCCACCUUCACUUUUGGCUUGGUCUAGAAACGACCCAAGACGAAGCUGGUGUUGCUGCCUACAAAACGGUGGAGCUCGAUGACCUCCUGGGUGGUGGACCUGUCCAGCAUCGCGAGGUCGAGGGCCAAGAAACACCAAGAUUUAAGGGUUAUUUCACCAAAGGAAUGAGAAUGAUGAAAGGCGGCGUUUCCUCUGGCUUCAAAAAGACGACUGACAACUUCACGCCCAGACUGUUCAGGGUGAAGGGACGCAGGUCACCCGCCAUGACUGAAAUGCCAGCCAUCAGUUGGAGCAACAUGAACAGCGGCGACUGCUUUAUCAUUGAUACCAAGAACAUAGUGUUUGUCUGGACAGGAAAAGCAGCAAAUAAAAUGGAAAAACUGGCUGCAGCUAAGAUGGCCCAGCAAUUGAAAGUUGAGCAUGAGGCAACCGGCGUUGUUUUCAUUGAGGAGGGAGGCGAAAUGAGCCUUCCUGAGGUGGAAAGGAAAAUCCUGUCAGUCUACCUGGAUCCUAAGAAUGCGAGAGAAGUGGCCCCUGCGACUGAAGACGAAAACGACGCAGCCGCCGAAAGCGCAGCCCGCCAGCAACUUCGGUUGUACCACUGCAGCGACGAUUCUGGCACCUUGAAAGUGACUGAAGUCAAAUCAGGACCUCUGGACCAGUCCGAUCUCAGUUCAAAUGACUCGUAUAUUGUGGACAACGGCUCGAAUGGCAUUUGGGUGUGGGUGGGAAAGAAAGCCAGUCCUAAGGAGAGAGUGGAGGCGAUGCGAAAUGCCCACGGUUUUGUCAAAAAGAAGGGCUACCCGAGUCACACGGCCGUGACCAGGGUCAUUGACGGUGGAGAACCGGUUGAUUUCAAGCAGCUCUUCACGUCCUGGAAGAACAAAGACCAGACCUCGCCUACUGGAAUGCUGAACAAACCUAAUUCAACUAACAGAAUAGCAAGGUCAAUUUCCACCGUGUUUGAUGCGACGAGUUUGCACGAAAGACCUCAGAUGGCCGCCGAAACGCAGUUGGUUGACGACGGAACUGGUCACCAGGAACUUUGGCGAGUGCGGAAAUUUGGUCUUGAAACCGUCGAUCCCAAAUUUGAGGGAAUUUUCUUCUCUGGUGAUUGCUACAUCCUCAAGUACACCUACUUGAACGGCUCCAAAGAACAAUACAUUCUUUACUACUGGAUGGGGCUUGAAAGUUCUCAAGAUGAGCAAGGCACGGCUGCCCUGAAGGUUAUUGAGAAAGACCAGGAGUUGGGUGGUGCCGCAGUGCAAGUUCGAGUCACGCAGGGAAAAGAACCACCGCACUUUUUGUCUCUCUUUGCUGGGAGAUUCAUGAUUAUCAGUGGUGGAUACGCGUCGUCCUUUGAUGAGGACGACCCUUCCAAGAAGCAGAGGGAUUGGGUUAUCCCUGAGGAGUACAUGUUGCAAGUGUACGGAAAUAGCAAGACUAACACCAGGGCUACUCAGGUUCCUUUUAGAGCAUCCUCCCUAAACACAAAUGACGUCUUCGUGAUUAAAUCCAAGUCAGGACUGUACAUCUGGUGUGGCAAAGGAUCGACUGGUGACGAGCGUGAAAUGGGCAAGGGUGUGGCCAAAAAGGUCGGUGCGAGCGACCAUAUUUUCGUUUCCGAAGGCCAGGAAAAGCCGGAAUUCUGGGAAAUGCUAGGCGGAAAGGAAGCGUACGCGGACAGCAAGCGUCUGUCUGACGCGUCCGACGCGAUGCCCGCGCGUCUCUUCCAGUGCUCCAACGCGUCCGGACAGUUCAAGGCGGAAGAAAUUGUCAACUUCGCCCAGACCGACUUAAUUCAGGAGGACGUCAUGCUGCUGGACGCGAAUGAGUGCAUCUUCAUCUGGAUUGGAAAGGACUCGCGCAAGGACGAGCAAAAGGCGACCCUUGAACUGGCCAUGCAGUACCUCAAGACGGACCCUUCAGGCCGCGGAACAGGAACGCCAUUCAUCCAAAUCAAACAGGGUUAUGAACCGCCAAACUUCACCGGUUUCUUCGGCACCUGGAAUCCGGCCCUGUGGAGCGAAAACAAAUCCUUCGAAGAGAUGAAGGCUGAGAUGAUCAGCCAGAACGGCGUCAUCAAGUUGGACAUGGGUGCUGCCAACGGAAAAACCUCCUUCGACGAUUACCCCAAGUACCCUUUGAGUGUCCUGUUGGAAAAGGACGCCGAGAAGCUUCCCGAGGACGUUGACGCCAUGAACAAGGAACUGCACCUUAACAAGGAGGAAUUCCAGCAGGUUUUUGGAAUGGACAUCUCCGCUUUUGAAGGUCUGCCUCAGUGGAGAAGAGCCAACCUGAAGAAACAGGCUGGAAUUUUUUAAUUUAAAAAAUAUAUAUCAUAAAUUUAAUAUGCCAUUGAAAAUAAAAAUUAAAGUGCGUGUUGUGAAAAUUAGAUUUUUUUAGAUUUAUUUAUGUUUUUGCAAUAAUUUAUAACGCGCUAUUGGAUAAUUGUGCAAAUGUGAAAAUUUUCCGUUUUUAGAAUCUGUGUAGACCGGGGAUGAGAAAAUAAAAAAAGGUAAAUAU